GGGGGUGAGGGGUUGAAGAGAUGAGAGGAACACAUCUGUUCAGGGAUAGAGAAGGAGGGCAAGCAGCACGACAGAGCGAGCAAAGAGUGCAAAAGAGGAAAGAGAAAGAAGUUGCUUGAACGUGAAGAAGGUUCUCCACUAUAACUAUAACUUGGUGAAGUGCUGGUAUGAACCCUCCAAUUCCUCAACAAUCAAGGGAGGCCACUAUCUCAGAUUCAGCAAAGAUGACGUCAUUAAAAUCACUUCUGGAAUGAGGGGGAUUGACAUUUCUUAAUCUCUAUGAAGAGAUAUAGUUUAAGUAAGCAGAUGAUACAUGCACUGUCCAUAAGAUGGUGAUUUUUUGGACAGUAGUUGUCUUCUACAUAUGUGGACAUACAGUGGAAGUUUACGGAACAGCUGGUAAAGAUGCACUGCCAGCCAGUUUGGCCAGUACUGUGAUGUCUACUGCCUUACCCACUGUGACACCCACAGAAGAUGAGAGCAUUAAACUUGUGGACUGGCUCACAAAGUAUGGAUACCUCCCACCCCCAGAUCCCUCUACAGGUCAGUUACAGGCCUGGACAGCUGUCACUCAAGCAGUUAAGAAAAUGCAGAAGUUUGCUGGCUUGGACGACACUGGAGUCUUAAAUGAAGAGACUCUUCAACUGAUGCAGACACCCCGCUGUUCACUACCAGAUGACGAAGACCAAACCAUUCAGUCAUCAGCACUACACAGUGAAAUGCAAAGUCAGAGGACGAAAAGGGCGGUGUCUGCCUGGGCAAGGCGAAAUAUCAACUGGAGACUGCGCUCUUACCCAGCAUCCUCUAAACUAUCCCGUGAAACGAUUCGCUCCCUUGUGUACUAUGCACUAAGAGUGUGGGCCGAUCCAACAUUGCUUGAGUUCCAUGAGGUGAGAGGACCAGAGGGGGCAGAUCUCCAAAUAGAUUUCUUGCUUGGAUCCCAUGGAGAUGGAUAUCCCUUUGAUGGGGCAGGUGGAUCUGUUGGCCAUGCCUUCUUUCCAUCAGAUCCAGACAGGGCAGGUGGAGUGCACCUGGAUGCAGAGGAGGAAUGGGCCUUCAGACAACCAGCAACGGAGGGUACAGAUCUGUUCACAGUUCUAGUACAUGAGCUUGGCCACGCCCUCGGAUUGACCCAUUCAUCAGUGCGCCAAUCUGUAAUGCGGCCAUACUACCAGGGGCCCCUGGGAGACCCACUACACUUCAGCCUAGGCCAUCACGACCUUCAGCACGUCACAGCCCUUUACGGUAAGAGGGGUAACCAUAUUCCAACUGACAGACCUCUUCUUGUAACGGAACCUGAACUCCGACAACGACAUGGAGGCAUACACAGACUCACACACAUGUACAGACACACACACAGCCAUUUUGACAGUUCUGUAGAUCGUUGUAACACCAGUUUUGAUGCAGUUGCCAAGAUUCGAGGAGAGAUCUUCUUCUUCAAAGGGCAGCAUAUGUGGCGAGUGAGCAGAGGUGGUCUCGUUUCAGUCAGAGCUGUUAGUGUGCAGAGACUUUGGUCGGCUCUUCCCUCUUCCGUGCCUCCACUGCGAGCUGUUCUGGAGAGACACUCAGAUCAUGCCAUCAUCUUUAUCAGUGGUUCCCAGGUUUGGCUGUUCAAGGAUUUGUCACUUCAGGAGGGCUUCCCUCAGCCUCUGUCAGCUCUAGCUCCAGAGGACUCAGAAGGCUGUUGGCAAGGACUGCACUGGGACCCGACACAGGGUGUGGUGUGGGGGUCUCUGAGGGAGGACCGAGAGAGAGGAGAAAUGCCAGAGGAAAGUGAGGUCUGGAGAGAGCUCAUUGAAGGAGGAGUGAAUGGAAUCAUCAUGGAGAAUGACGAUGGUGGAGAUUUUAAGGGUUUCACCUUCGUUUUCAAAGGCAAUUCCUACUGGAAAUUUAAUCACCCAGGCUCCGCCCCUGAAGAGGGAUACCCCCGACCUCUGGCCACUGAUUGGCUGGACUGCCCUCAGCCUUCCUCAUACAGCCCUGGCGACAUCUCUUUGAUCUCUGACUUCGGUCGACAGGAGCUUCGUGAGCAGACAGGGCAAAGAACGGUUGACCAGAUUAGACACAAAGACAAAAUCACAGAAAGAGACAAACCCCACCACUGGGAAUGUCCAUGCCAAAACAGGGCAGUGGCUCAUAAUGGACCUCAUUUACUACUGCCUGUUUUAUUUCUCAUGACUAUGACUUAUUAACUUUUAGCCUACUUUAAUUUUCACUGCUUUUAAGUUCAUGCUUUCACUCACAAACACAACUAUGAGCUAUGUUCGGAAUGGAAUGCUUCCUUACAACUGAACAACUAUAUAUUGAAUACUGAAUGCUAUUUUUAAAUGGAGUAUUUAACAGACUGCAUCAUGCUAAAACUUUCAAACAGUAAUAUGCCAUAUGUCACAUGACCUCCUUACAUUUGUCACAUGACCUCAUCUAGCAUGUUUAAUUCAACAAGUGGCAUCCAGUUACAAUCUUUGAAAAAAAAAACUGUUAUUUUGCCAUUAUUAUAAAAUUGUGUGUAGUUAUGUCUUCAUUCGUCAUUCUGGAAAUGGAGUGUCAAGUCAAGAGCUUUGCAUUGUGGGAUACAGUGUUGUGCGCUGUGUGCUCUGUUUUAAAAUGCAUAUUUUGGCAAAUGUAGAUGGUCAUUCCAUCAGGAAUUCCAUAAACAGUAUUCAAACACUGUAGAAAUAGGAGUAUUAUGGCAGUAAGCUAUUCUGAACAUUGACAUGUUUCCUUGACUUUUAAUCUCUAACCAAAGUAAUAGGUAACUAAAUAUGUUAGUAUUAUAAGAAUUAAUUGGCAAUAUGAUUCUAACAACCACCAUACUUUUAUUAGCACAUUAACUCCAUUGUGUUAUCAUAUGCUGUUUUCUCUCAAAGUAAUCACAGUAAAUCAUGUUUAAAUCAAAUAAUUCCACUCAUUGUUACUACUGCAAAAGGGCAUAGGUUUGGUUUAAAUGCUGGUAGGGACAUAUUGCAAGCAUAAUUUUAUAAAUGUUGGUAUUAAGAAAAUAAGAGAAAGUCAGUCUGGUCAU